CCUUCCGGGGUUUGGGGCUGGGACUGCAGUGCUAGCAGCUCAUUGAAAGCAGCCACUGGUGGAGGCGGGGCUCCGGCCAGUUUCCCUUCCACCUUCCCCCACCCUCCUCUUCCAACCUCUGUUUGGCCCCUUGCUGUGUUCCAGUCGUUGCUGCAGCUGUUUCUCAGCCCUUUUCAAGACUCCAGCGACCGACCACAAGCUCUUGUUUCCAGGAUGGUGAUCCGUGUAUACAUUGCAUCUUCUUCUGGCUCUACGGCGAUUAAGAAGAAACAGCAAGAUGUGCUUGGUUUCUUAGAAGCCAACAAAAUAGGAUUUGAAGAAAAAGAUAUUGCAGCCAAUGAAGAGAAUCGGAAGUGGAUGAGAGAAAAUGUACCUGAAAACAGUCGACCAGCCACAGGGUACCCCCUGCCACCUCAGAUUUUCAAUGAAGGCCAGUACCGUGGGGACUAUGAUGCCUUCUUUGAAGCCCGAGAAAAUAAUGCGGUUUACGCCUUUUUAGGCUUGACAGCACCACCUGGUUCAAAGGAAGCAGAAGCCCAGGCAAAGCAGCAAGCUUGAAUGUUAUGUGUUCUUCCUUCAGCAUCUUGAAAAAUAACGUAUCUCCAUUGCUUUUAUAAAACUCCUGGCUUCAAAAGAAAUAGGCUUAAAUGUUGAAAUAAUAGAUUAGUUGAUGUGCUCGCAUGCAAACAAGCAUAAUAAAAAUGUGAACAUGGUGGUGAGAAAAGUGAGAGAUGAAGUUAAAACUAAGUAGAUAUCAUAGAAUAGGAUUGUUAUCUGCCAAGAUAUCUUAUGUUCUGUAAGGAUUUUACAAAAAACCAUAUGCUUCUUUUUUGAUAUUACUGUGUAGUGUAAGGAUAUCUUCAUUGCAACUUUGAGGAAUUAAAAGAGGAGAAAGAGAGAGAGAAAGAAAGAAACUCUUAUUCCGGAAUUGCCUCAUUAACUUUAGUGAACAUGAAUAUUUUGAUGUGAUGUUACUGUUGCUGAAAUGUAUUUGCAGGUUAUGUUUUUGAUAUGUUAGACAUUGUAAUUUCCUAUGGUGAUUGUGACAUUCUCAUUCUUACAUAGGAGCAACUUAUAUGCUCCGAACCACAAAUUUUCCAGGCUUCUAGAUGUAACCUUUCAUUGCAUAUUCAGUGAUCAAAAUAGUUGAUUUCCCAUAAGAAAAUCAUUGAAUGCAUUCUACUGACAGACUCCUUAUCUACUUAUACAGUUAUAACAGAAUCAUGCUUCUAAAUUGCUUGCCUCAGUAAAAAAAUAUGGACAUGUCAGUCAUGGAAAGAAGAUUGCAAUUAAUUUUAAACUGGCCCUUCUUGCAAAGAGCUCAGGCUUUUAAUUAACCAUUAUACAAUAUUGCCUCUCAUUGUUAAAGAUUUACUUUCCUUUGGUGUUUGCUAAAAGAAAUCUUAGUGGCUCCCUUCUCCUGCUUUAACAUAGCUGGUGAUCAUGAAUGCCACUGUCCCCUGAUAGCUGAACUUUUUAGACAGAUUGUGUAAACACAUUAGUCCAAGUGGAAAGAAUUGCUAGCAUGCUUUGAUUUUGUCAGAAAGCACAAGUACCAAAGAAAAGGAACAACUUUUGAAAUAUUUUGAAAAUAAGCAUGACCCAAAUCACUUAACCAGAAGAUAUUGAUAUUGUACCUUUGUCUUGUAUUACUUUAUUUUUCAAAGCAAUCACCUUUUACUUCAAAUGACUGUAUCAUAUCUGCUGUUUGCAAGACUGUACUCUGCAAAAAUCAAGCAUAUAAUGAAGCCAUAGCUUUGUUUACUGAAAUUCAAACUUGAUUUGAUGCUUUCAAAUAAAUGUUUUUAGAAAUUAUGUGUUACUGGACUCUAAAUAAUAUACAGUAAUUUUGAUGAGUAAUUGUUAUAGUUGGUUGGAAAGGAGAAAACAAAAAAACAAAACAAACAACAAACAAUUUGAAGGCAAUUUCUCAGUGUUUUAGUGACCUGAAUUUUAGACUAUGUAUUGGAGUUGAAAGUAUUCCAUUUUUUUUAAUCUUACAAAAAUAUUUCUGAGAGAACCCUGUUGAAAACAGAGUGCUUUUAAUGGAUUCUGGAGUGAGCAAACUAAUUUUAGCUAUUAUAUUUUCUUUAACAUUGCUAAAUGCAGCAGGUGAUUCUUGUAAUAUGAACAAUUUAACUUUUGUUUUGUAUUAAAUAAUACUGUUUCAGACAGGCAUUAUUCAAAACUAGAUGCAUUGGUUGAUGUUUCUAUCAAUGGGAUAAUGCCCUGAAAUCAACUUAAAUCUGUAGAUGUAAAGUAAAAAUUUGGAUUGAAUCUUCUUCAAUUAAAGUAUUUCAUUUUGUCAACUGAGAAACAUGCCUGAUCGAUGAAAAGGAAAUACAAUUCAGAGGAUUAAGAUGAGUUUUGAAAGAAACUCCACAGUUUGUGCCUGGGAAAUAAAAUUCUUGAUUUUUUUUUAUAUUAUGUUUGGCAUAUUUGUGUUAACAAAUCAGACUUGGUAAUUUGGUAAUUUCACAUUUUGGAGCUCAUUUGCCUUUUAGAAUUUUUGAUUUUCAGAAAGUCCAUUUUCACAAAACACUAUAAAUUGUUAAUUGUGGUGUUAAAGGCAAACAUUUCUUUGGGAAUCUGAUCAUAGGUGAAUAAAGAAUUUUGAAACAAGGAUCGUUUGGAUUGGGAAAGACUUAAGUAAAUACAGGGAGUUUGGGUGAAAUCAGAUUUUAUUCAUUAUGUAAAAAGGAAAAAAAUACAGUAGAAUUCACAUGGAUUUUGUUAAUCACUUGUUGGUGUUUAAAAUACACCAAGUUCGUCAUUAAUCCUUUUCUAUGUAACACAGAUACUUCUUUUCUUCUGAUGAAUUCCAAUAAAACCAAUUAAGCGA